CAAUUAUUCGUUCGAAAGCAAUCAACUGAUUCAUACGUCAGUCACAGAAAAUACUAAACAAAGCAAAGAACACAAGAAAAUUGUGUAAUUGUCAAAAAAAAAAAUAUAAGAAUUUCAAUCAAAUAGUGAAAAAAUCAAAUAUAAUUUUUCAAGUUGAAAAAAGUAUAGUGAAAAAUAUUUAAAAUUUCUAACAAAACCAAGUAUUCCUAAAUAUCUAAACAAAAUGAGUCAAAUUGUGAAUAUCGCUAAACAAACCAGCCGUUUGGUGCCUCAAGUUACUAAACAAGUUGCCUGCUUUUCCACCUCCUCGGCCUGUCAGCAAGAAUUCAAAGGUGAAUUGAAACCCAAAAGUGCCCGUUUUGUUGAAUUCCAAAAGAAACUGAGAGCCAAGACUCCCUUGGGCAAACUUGAUGAAUUCUCACGUCAUCCCUUCCAAGAAGUCGAGCCCUUGAGACCCUGGCCCAACAAUGUCAACCCACAUACUGGAGAAAUUGGUGGCCCUGCUGGUCCCGAACCCACUCGUUAUGGUGACUGGGAACGCAAGGGUCGCGUUUCUGAUUUCUAGUCUAAACGCAUAGCUUUAAACCAUACCAUACUAGACUUUAGAGGCACUUUUUAACUGUUAGUUUGUACAAAAAUUAAAAAAGAAAAUUAUUAGUAUAUAAGAUUUGCAAGGCUUCUUCAUAUAUCUUUUCGGUUUAUUAGAUAAUUAAUUAAUUGACCUUAAAGAGAAGUAAGCUUUUGCAUUAGGUUAAUGAUUUUUGCUUGUUUUGUUGUUUUUUUACAACAUUUUAUUAGACUGUAUACUAAAAAUAAUUAAAGAAAACUUAACUCGAAAAUAUGAAAAGAAACCAAAAAAAAUGAAGAAAAAAAUUUUUAAAAAAUAAAAUAAAUAUUUAAAAAUUUAUGAAAAUUAA